CAAUUGCAUCGCCACUAAAGCAGAAGAACACUUUUAUUAAUCUGACAAGGCAUUCAUUUUCUAAAGGGGAAAGUUGUGAAAUGAAGCUUUUCUUUCAUUUGUUCGCCGUGAUCUUGUUUUUCCUCAACAAUGGUGUGUCUGGUGUUGGAUCAGAUGUAGUCUCAGUGUCUGUGAAGGAGGGAGAUUCAGUCAUUUUUCACACUGGUGUUGAAACAAACAAACAAGAAGAUAUUAAAUGGUAUUUUACUGACACUCGUAUCGCUCAAAUCAGUGGAGAUCUCAGUUCGAUCUGCACAGAUGUUCAGUGUGAAGAUGGUGAUGAGAGAUUCAGAGACAAAUUGAAGCUUGACAGUCAGACUGGUUCUCUGACCCUCACAGACAUCACAAACACAGUCUCUGGAGUUUAUGAACUGAAGAUCAUCAGUAGCACCAGCAGCAGUGAAAAAAUCUUCAAUGUUAUUGUCAAUGAUGUUUCUGCUGAUGAACGAGAUGAAGUGAAGACAAACGAGAGAGAAUCUAUCACUUUAGUAUCUGAUGAAACAAAAAACCCAAAUGAUGUUCUAAUGUGGUAUUUUAAUGACAUUCUCCUUGCUGAAAUCACUGGAGAUCAGAGAAAGAUCUGUACAGAUGAUCAGUGUGAUGAGAGAUUCAGAGACAGACUGAAGCUGGAUCAUCAGACUGGAUCUCUGACCAUCAUGAACACUAGAACCACAGACUUUGGAGAUUAUAAACUACUGAUCACCAUCAGCGACAGAAGCUUCAGUAUCACCAGAGUGAAGAUAUUCAAUGUAACUGUCACUGCUGUUCCAGAUUCUAGUCUAUCUCCCGGUGCUGUAGCAGGAAUAUGUGUUGCUGUUGUUUUUCUAUUUGUGGCUGUAAUUGCUGCUAUGGUUUACUGGCAUCGUUGCAAGGGAUAUAAACCAGCAGCACAGAAUGACAAUAGUGUUAAUGACUUGCCACCUGAUACGAAGUGCAUUGCUUUGAGUGACACAUAACAUCCGUGAAUCAGAUUUGGGCCAAGGCUGCUAACAAAACGAUGUAACAUACUUUCGAUACUUUCAUUGAAGAGGACACUAAAAAAAAAAAAGGAAAUUAAUGAAACUUGCUAGCAGUGGAACAGCGAGGGCUUGAUGUUCAUCAGUAUGCAGAGGUUUGUUAAAGCUGCUAAAGUGAUCAAGACAGGAACAGUGAGACAUCAUCUCUGCACUAUAACUGAUACUGUAUCUGGUUUGACAUUUCAAUUAUUUGGCCUUGCCUGCUUCACUUAUAACUGAUAGAACUGACUGUGUUUUCCACAAUUAGAUUUUUCCUCCUCACACACAGUCUCACACUGGAGGACAGUCUGCACUACUGUUACUGUCGGUGGUUUAACUGGUAUUGUUGCUGUUUCUGUAAAAGAUUGUAUCAUUACAUUGCUAAUGUGUAUAGUUUAACCAACACUAACCCUUAGUCAUCAACCUUAGUCAUCAGAAAACACUUUCCACCAGCUACACUGGAACCAAAACCAGCCUUAAUAUAAUAUUUAUUUUAAAGUUGGUGAAACACUUGGCUGAGAGUAUUUGUGAUGUUCAGUGCCUGUAACUGAUGCAUACAUGACACAGGCUGGGGACUUGAAAAAUAUUUGAUGUGCUGUUUGUCAGGAGGAAUGUUACAGAAGAAUUAACACACGUGUGUGUAUACUUGAUAAUGAAAGUGAAAGUGAAGUAAUGCAAUUAAAUUAUAGUAAAUCUUCAUAUCUUUGGUAGAUAUACUUUAUUUAACCUUCAUCAUUGAAAUGUGCAAAAACAAGUCAAAGACUGAAAUUGCAACAUUCGGUCUUCUUACCUGUAGUUGCAAUCAAAUAAUCUGUGCCGUUUUAUGAGGUGCUGAUUUGUUCUUUCAUUUUAUUUGUUGGCAUUUGAGGAGAUGUCUGGUUUAUUCCAUAAUGAAGUGUGUUCAGCUGUGAUUGUUGAGUGUGAUUGAUUUUUUUGUGAUUGUAUUUUGCUGAUGUGUUUGUCUUGCAGAAUAUCAUCACUUUUUGAUGAAGACGAUUGCUUUCACUUAAAUACUUGACUUGGUCAGAUAGGCUUAAGCUUACGGUUUCCUUGGUUCUUUCUUUGGGCAUCACUCUUGUUCCCUUGUUCCUUUUUUGGAUUUGUCUUUUUACCUGGUGCUCACUAUAAAUGUGUAAAUAAUAGCCUUAAUAGUUGUAUAUCAUGAUUUUUUAUAUAUGUCGUAAAUAUUUUCAGAAAAGUCAUUGAAGUGUCAAAGCUAAUAUGCUAAACUCCUCUCAAAAUCCUGUACCACAGUUUUUACCAUAAACCAAUAUGAAGUAGACAUGAAUGUCAGUUUUCCUAACUCUAUAAACACUUUUUUUGGGGGGGGGGGGAAAUAAAGAUAUGAACUUGAAAAAAAUCUUUGUAUGUUUAUGUGAUAAAUAUUAUUAAAACAUGAUUCAUUCAU